AGCGCCACACGCAGUCAGGUACCUCUGCUCCAGAAUUGGGGUCACUCAGUCAGUCGACGGCGCAUCUACUUAGUAUCGUCGUGAAAACAUUUCGAGCUCUCAUUCACAGACUGCCUAAUAACUAACUGCUGUAACCAAAUAUUUCUUCCCCCAUCAUAGUCCAGCUUCGCUCUAGUUGGUAAUUCCUGUGUAUCACCAUCGCCCAUCACAUCAAUUAUUCUCUGCAUCCCUUCUCGCCUGCUCCCGAAUCGCUGUCUCCAUCCCACAUCGUUCGUCCCAACACGCCGCCCGCCGCCGUCGCUCUUGGUUGUUUCACCGUCUUCAACUUGGACACACUCAGACUCACACACUACGCCGGCAAAGAGGAAUCCACCUGUCAAAGAUCAUAUCACUGUCCAUUACCCCGUCCGAUACCAUCCACGAUAUCUGCCCACGUCUACUUGCUUGCCACAGUGAACAUCGAAACGAGAUAGUACUGAAGGAGGGGAUAAAGACAUUGUGAGUACGGCAUAAAAAAGAAAGCCUGUCCCGUCGCAUUGCCUAGGUCUUGAGAGAAACCACGGGGUUUGCCCAAGUUUCAUACACUCCAAUAUUGCCAGACCAGAGGCUGCGAGCAACAACCUAUCAUCAUGGAUAGACAGGAAUCAAUAUGGACUCGACGUAACAACAGCACCAGCACCACCGCUGGCAACCUUUCGUUGGGUACUUCGGGCUCAACUGAUAAUACUGCACCUCGAGACUUUUCGAGUCUAUCACGAAGAAAUGGCGGUUCUUCCUCGCACGGCCGAACCAACCCCUUCGCACCUACUACACCUGGGGCUUUGGCAUCCCCCACGAGCACCGGGGGCGCCAACCAAUUCGGCCUCGGUUCGGGCGCAUUUGCAUCGUUCGGCUCGGCGAAGACACCGAAGUCGUCCGCGAACCCAUUUGAACAAGCAAUGGGCGCAGUUGGAGCCAAGACACCUUCGGCAGAGAAGUCUGCGAAGGAAGGCCUGCGCUCCACCACAAGCGGGAAGCCAUCCAUGGGUUCCAUUUCAGAAACAGGACAACAGGGCCAGACUGCGUUGGUGCACCCUCUACGAGAUACUUGGGUUUUCUGGUAUAGACCCCCAAUCACCAAGGCAAAUGGGUUCAUCGAAUAUGACAAGACACUGCAUCCCAUGAUGGCUGUGAAAACAGUCGAGGAGUUUUGGGUAGCCUACUCUCAUUUGAAACGACCUUCCUCGCUCCCCACAGUGUCGGACUACCACUUCUUCAAGCACGGGGUUCGACCAAUAUGGGAAGACCAAGAAAACAAGAAGGGUGGAAAGUGGAUAUUGCGACUAAAGAAAGGUAUCGCUGACCGUUACUAUGAGGAUCUCCUCAUGGCUUGUGCGGGCGAUCAAUUUGGGGAUGAAGCCGAUGAGUUAUGCGGCAUUGUGUUGAGCAUGCGCAAUGGCGAAGACGUUCUUAGUGUUUGGAUCCGGAACGAAGGGUCCAAGGUCCUAAAGAUCCGUGAGACGAUACGCCGCGUACUGAAAUAUCCGGCUGACACGCGCAUUGAGUGGAAGAGCCACGACGAAAGCAUGCAGCAGCGCACUAUGAUCGAGGAAUCACGCCGCGAGAAGGCCCAUAAUCACCACAACGAUAAACGCACGCACAAUAAAACACGACAGACACAGGAGGAUCAGCAAUCGUAGUUUUGUUGAUGUAGUGGCCAUCGCAUACGCCAACAGCCAAUUCCACUAAAGUGAGAUGCCAUCUAUGUCAAAAGUCUUGCUGAAGCCAUCAAGCGUUGCCAUGAUUAGAUCCAUGACAGAGGACGCUAGUCAUCUUAUGAAGAGGUUUAGCUGAUGUCGUGAAGUCCCAAGCAGUGAGUUUGACACUCCUCGCUGGGCGGUCCUGGAAGGUAUGUCUGCCUUGAUGUGGCCAGGACCUUUUUAUCUAUUCAGAACAGGGGAGCACACGGGGCAAGGCGUAACAGCAACCCGGGUGCUUUAUAUGUAUGAUUAGCGGAGGGGGGCCGUGCCUCUAUCAUGACUUUUGACUACGCAGCGAUAGGCUAUACACGUGAAACGAAUAUUUACCGAAUGGGUGGAAAUGAGCGGGGUGCCGGUUCCCAUACGUUCUGUUGGCGCAAGCUUCACCUUUGGACACUGAGCCCAUCUACCUAGCAUUUAGCUCGCUUUAACCCAUCCCUCUGUAUUGUAGGAAGAUAGCAUGCCUAUGCACUAUAUUAUGAGCUACUUUUGAAAGAACGAAC